UUCAUUGCAAUGACUCAUUCAUUUCUACGUCAAUGAAACGCACAUUGCACGGUUCGUUGUGUUCACACACACACACACACAGAGACGGAGAGAGGGAGAGGGGGAGAGAGUACUCGAAGCAGUUAGUAGUGCGUGGCCCCACACACAUCCACACCUUCAGCACAUGCAGCAUAAAAACAGACAGCCUCAGCCUUCAUGUCACUGACCUCAAAACACACAUACACACACAGAUACAGAGAGAGAGAGCGCCACCACCCCAAUCCACCGACCAAUCUCAGUCACCACCCCUCAAAUUAGUCAGUCAAUCACUCUUGGGCACCUCCUCAUAGCUGCUGUCACCAUCGCCCCCCUGCCCGCCCAUCCCCAUCCCCAGCCCCUCAGGAAACGCACUCGGCGACAGCCCCAUUGCCGACGGGUGCAUCGUCGGCCCCAUCGGCGGCACCAUUGGCCGUCUGCUCGGAAGGUGGUCGUUGCCGUGCGUGCUGGUGUGGCCUGGUGCGGCGGUGCCGGUGGGCAGGGAACCGGAGGCUGCUGCUGCUGCUGCCGCUGCGUCAUUUGGGAACGGCAGUAUGUUUCCGAAGUAGAAGUGCUGGAUGACGGGCACCUUGCUCCACACCUCGGCCUGGUACAUCUUCAUCAAACCGCUGUUGACCUUCUUCCUAAGCACACACACACACACAGGGAGGGAGGGACACACGGGGACACACGGUCGGUCGGCGAGUGCAUCCGUCUGUCUGUCUGGCUGGCUGUCUGGCUGCCUACCAUGUGGGGACGGCCGUGAUGUCGUUGAGGAGCGGGGCGCACUCACCGAAGGGCACGCCCUUCUUCAUCUGACCGAAAUCCAUAAACACCCCUCUCUGCUUGCUCGUCUCGUCCGCUGCCCUGCUCCCUAUCUGUCUGUCUGUGUAUACCUACCUCCUGUAUGGCCUUGAUGGCAUUGAUGUAGAGAUACUGAUCCGCAUAGUCUGCCACAAUCGUCCGAUCCAACGCCUGGACACACACACACACACACACACACACACAUGCCUCUCUGCGUACCCGCACAGGCUGGCGUACAGGGUGGGUGAGUCACUCACCUGUGAAGGCUCGAUUUCCUCCUGUAUCAUGAGCUGCGCUGAUCCCCAGAGGAAUGGCAGGAAGUGGUAGUCAUCGAGCCCCCACACGCCGCGCGACCCCGCCGGCUCCAGCAUGUACGCCGUCUGCAGCGCACGCAUCAACUCGAUAUACCUACACACACACACACCAACAAGGCGCACACACACGGACGUACGCCCACACACCCGUAAGGUCUCAUCAUGUCUGCGCUCACUGACUCAGUGAAAGCGACGAGUACGAUGUUUCGCUUGUCGUUCUGUGUGAAGUACUGGAUGUGCCAGAGGCAGUAGAGGAAGGCCAGAAAGGCGGCCUCGUGCCCCGUGCCGUAGUCGAUGCGAGUGCGGUUGCCGAACGAGUCCAGCAGGUAGGGCGUCAGCUCAACUAUCGCACCGUGACUCUCGGCCGGCAACAUCUCCUUCAGAAGAUCCUCCACACGCUGAUUAUUUGACACAUUGACACAUUGACAAACAAACAGACAAACAGACAGACAGAUGGACAUUGUCACACACACUGGCAGACAGACGGACGUACCUCGAUGAGUCGGUCGUGCCACUGCUGGAAGGCCUUGUUGCCGAAGCGCAUCGGCUGCUGGAUGGGCGGGAACUCGUCGAUCCAUCCCCUGAGGGUCUGCAGCAUGUGCUUGACCUUGGCCACCCUCUCCGAGAACUGCAUGCCUUUGACGAUUGGGUAGCCGCGCACCGCAGUGCCCAUCUCGGUCACGAAGCCCAUCAGCCGCUGGUACGUCUCCGACUGCAGAAACGCAUUCAGGUCGCUCUCAUUGCUGAUGCGCUUCCGAGGCGUCACGAACUCGGUGGGCGCGGCGGCUGCGGGAGCGGCCGACAUCGAGGCGGAUGGAUGGGCAGGUUGAUGGAUGCAGGGGGCUACGACGUUCGGCCGUCAAGAUCCUCCAUCCUACCUCCUCAGGGCUAGGCCUCUUGCCCUUCCG